AUGAUUCAACAAAUUCCAACUGAUUUUUCAGUGGCCACAAAUGCCAUUCUGUCUCCACAAGACGAAAAGCUCUUUGAUUCUUUCUUAGAACGCACCCAACAGUUUGUAGUCACAUGUAAAUCGAAAACGCCAAACGAGAAAGUCGUUCAACGCUUCCCUCUAUACUUUGGUACCACUGAAGAUGAAAUCAACCCCCAUAGAAAAAUGGCCCUACGUAUGAGAAGGUUAUCCAAAGAUGUUCAUUACAAUACACCAAAAUCAGUUCAAAAUCAACCUCGAAGUAAUACCAAAGUUUCUCCUAUUAUGAAUAAACAUGUCCAGCAUCAGACUAUGAAAAAACAAGUUGACGAGGGAAUAACUAGAGAUAAACCCCAAGAUUCAACCAAAGGUUUACCUAAUACAGCAAACCCAUCUAGUGUACCUGAUGCAUCGAAUAAAUCUAGUGCUCCUUCUCCUAAUCUCACUUCCUCUUCAGCUCCUUCUUCCAUCACAACUCCUACCCCUACUCUUACUUCGACCCCAGUUCAAUCUAAUUUAUCAAUGGCAGAGCACCUCAGACUUCAGUCGAAAUCGAAGAAUCGGCCUACAUCUAAUGAGCGUUCUAAAACUCCUUCAGCUAAUGUUAAAUCUCCAAAUAUUUCGGCUUAUGACACAGUAUCAAACGAAUUCUCUUCUGCUUUGACACCAAACCUAUUAGGUAUAACGUUGUUGAGAAUUAUGUUCGAUUCUAAAUAUUUGAACAUCAUUUUCAAUAAAAACUCAAACCCAGAUAUUCAGCUUCAUGGUCUACAGAAUGCUGGCAAUAUAUGUUACAUGAAUUCAAUACUUCAGUUUCUAUUCUAUUGUGGCCCAUUUUCUAGAAUGCUAGAUAUAAUCAGAGACAAUACAGUCAGAGAAAUAGACGAAUCAAAAAGCAAAACUCCAAUCCUAAAUUCCUUGUUAGAUUUGCAAGAUGACUUCAAAUCGAAAAAUUCAAGUCCUGAAAAAUUUGAGAUUAUUAAUCCCGAUAAAUUCUAUCAAUCCAUUUCAAAACUACCAAGAUUUUCUCAUCUACGUUGGGGCCAGCAAGAGGAUGCUGAGGAAUUCUUGAAUAUCUUGUUGGAUGGAUUGCAUGAAGAAUUUGUGGAAUCGAUAAAAUCCUUGCCAACUCUUGAAGUGGAGAAACUGGCAAAUUCUUUUAAUAACAAAGAUAUCACGAACAAGAUUAUACAAAAUGUCGAUUACAUAAAAGAUUCGAGCAAGGAGAAUGCUUCUGCUUUAAAUAAUGAUGCUUGGAAUGAAGUUGGUUCAAAUAUGAAAACAAUUGGCAAAAGAACUUGUCAUGUCAAAUUAUCACCAAUUGUGUCGUUAUUUGGAGGUCAGUUCAAAUCCGUCUUAAAGGCAUCUAAUAAAAAAUCUUCCAUCACUUUGGAUCCUUUCAUGCAAGUUCAAUUGGACAUAAGUGAUCCAAAUACAAAUGACCUAAUUGGUGCUUUUGAGAAGUUCUCACAAGAUGAAGAAGUUUCAUUGGGCUCAAAUACGGCUAAAAAGCAAAAUUUUAUUGAUAAGUUACCUUCAAUUUUAAUAAUACAUUUGAAGAGAUUUUCUUUCGUUGCAAAUGAUGAAUAUAACUCUGAAAAUGCAGAGUAUGAAGUAGUUUCGAGUAAUAAAAAGAAUAAGAAACAACAACAGCAGCAGCAACAGCAGCAGCAACAAAACAAACCAAAAAAUAUCUUUGAUGGCCGUAUAGAGAAAAUUCAUAAGUUUAUAAAAUAUGAGCAUUCUCUUACACUUCCUACGGCCUGUAUAUCGGCAAUGGUGAACGAAGAACCGACUUACAAACUGUUGGGUGUUGUGUAUCACCAUGGUAGAUCUACGGAGAAUGGUCAUUACACAGCAGAUGAAUUAGUCGGUGAUAAAGAAUGGGUCAGAAUUGAUGAUAUCAAUGUUACAAAAAUUGAUGCAUCAGAUGCAAUUGCCGAUCAGAACUUGGGCUCGAAUAUUAACAAGACUGCCUAUAUAUUGAUGUACCAAAAGGUUUGA